AGCCACAAUUACAAUACUCCCAACUUGACCCACAAAAAUCUCGUGUGGCUUCUGCUGGCCCUUAUUAGCUUCAUGCCUUGUACAUAUUGAAGCAAACUGUAACCGUAACCGGUGUAAUACGCACGACGAAAAUGGCAACUCAAGCACUGCUCUCUUCAUCAUCCAUCAGCUCGUCUGCUGAGGUCGCCAGACAGAUUCUUGGAGGAAGGCCAGUCCAAUCUGCGAGGAAGGUUUCCUUCGUCGUGAAGGCUGCUUCUACUCCUCCCGUCAAGCAAGGAGCAGACAGGCCUCUCUGGUUUGCUUCCAAGCAGAGUCUUUCCUACCUGGAUGGCAGCCUCCCUGGUGACUAUGGAUUCGAUCCAUUGGGACUCUCGGAUCCUGAAGGUACUGGAGGAUUCAUUGAGCCCAAAUGGCUAGCCUAUGGAGAAAUUUUCAAUGGGCGUUGCGCGAUGGUGGGUGCAAUAGGAGCAAUUGCACCCGAAAUUCUUGGAAAGGCUGGCCUAAUUCCAGCAGAAACAGCCCUCCCAUGGUUCAAGACCGGAGUUAUUCCUCCAGCUGGAACAUACAACUACUGGGCCGAUUCCUAUACCCUAUUCGUUUUCGAAUUGGCACUUGUGGGAUUCGCAGAGCACCGGAGAUUCCAGGACUGGGCCAAUCCAGGGUCCAUGGGCAAGCAAUACUUUUUGGGUUUGGAGAAAUGGUUGGGAGGGUCAGGUGACCCUGCAUACCCAGGUGGCCCCCUUUUCAACCCGUUGGGGUUCGGUAAAGACGAGAAAUCCAUGAAGGAGUUGAAGGUGAAGGAAGUGAAGAAUGGAAGAUUGGCUAUGUUGGCAAUCCUGGGUUACUUUGUACAAGCUUUGGUGACUGGGGUUGGUCCCUACCAAAACCUGCUGGACCAUUUGGCUGAUCCUGUGAACAACAAUGUCUUAACCAGCCUCAAAUUCCACUAAAUUGUCGUCGUAUGUUGUCUCUCUCUCAGAUUGUAACAUAUGUGUGCAGAUAGUUCAGCAUCUCCCAUGUAUGUAAUCUACAAACACGAGAUAUGUUCAUGACUUGGAAACUUUGUUAGUACUUUAAUGAUGCUUCGUAUUGUACGUGCUUUAAGAAUAUUAUUGAUGUCGUUUGUCUGCC